AUGGCACCUCACAGAGCGAGGGGCAACCCUCCGAGCGCCCGACGCCGCCCUCGUACUCGCGCGGUCGACGCACUCAGCCCGUCAAUCGUCGCGACUUGUGAGGACGAUCUUCGCCCUGGUCCGGCGUCCGCCCCUCCAAACAACAUUGUGGCCGACGUGGCCAACGCCUCCUUGGACGAAAGCUACCAUUUUAUUAUCUCCUCCGGUUCCGGUGUCGGCGACGCGGGUACGACAGCAUGCGUUACUCAGUCUGUAGGCUCUUGCUUCGAGGCAGUUACUGUCUCCGCCACCGUCACGGCUUCGACCUCGAGCCCCCGGACUCACGACGUGCGUGCGCCGCCGUCAUUCCGUCUGAAAGACUUUGAGGACGUGAGCGCCCAGCUCGAGGUAGCCAAGGAUGAAGCCAUUGAGGCCAAGAAAGCGGCAGCCAUUGCGCAGGAAGAGAAUGUCCAGGCUCAGGAACGUGCUGACGUCGCGCAAAAUGCAUUGCUACAAGCACGGGAUGAGCUGACGCAGGCUCGUCAGCACCUGCAACCCCUUCAACAGAGGCUUUCGGAGAUUGAGGACGACCUCCAUUGCCAGGUUUGCGCGCAACGCCUCCGGAAUCCUGUUACCCUCGCAUGCGGCCACACCUUCUCGGUCGACCGGUUUACGACCCAGCGCGAAUUCACCGGCUCCAAGGGUCUGAUGCUUUCUCUCUUCCGUUAA